AUGCCUGAGAGCAAGAUUCCUCAACCCGGUCCUGCCAAACUCAAGCGCAAUGCUGGCCCUGACGAGUGGCUGGAGGCAGCAAAAGACUGCAAGUAUUUAUCGGAGCCACACAUGAAGCAGCUGUGUGAGAUUGUCAAGGAAUACAUGAUGGAGGAAUCAAAUAUCCAACCAGUGUCGACGCCUGUCACAGUCUGCGGUGACAUCCACGGCCAAUUCUACGAUCUCUUGGAACUGUUUCGAGUUUCUGGAGGCAUGCCAGAUGGUACAGAAUUGGAUCCCCCGAAGACCUCCCCCUCUGUAAUUACCUCCGCCGAUAUCGAACCCCCCUCAAGCAUCUCAGACCCUAAAAUUCGCAAGAAGCUUCGCGGUCCCAACGUGAACUCCAAUGACGAGCAGGAAGACUCGAGCUCGCGAAGCCAAUCGGCCAGCAACACAUCUACCGAGCUCCAGCUUAACCGCAAGUUUGUAUUUCUGGGUGACUACGUGGACCGUGGAUACUUUAGUCUGGAGACGUUAACGCUUUUACUCUGUCUCAAAGCAAAAUACCCUGAUCGAGUCACAUUGGUUCGUGGCAAUCACGAGUCGCGCCAAAUCACUCAGGUAUACGGUUUCUACGAAGAAUGCUUCCAAAAAUACGGCAGUGCUUCAGUAUGGAAGGCAUGCUGCCAAGUUUUUGAUUUCAUGACAUUGGGUGCCAUCAUUGACGGCAAGGUGCUGUGUGUUCAUGGCGGUCUCAGCCCUGAGAUACGCACAUUGGACCAAGUCCGGGUGGUAGCCCGCGCACAGGAGAUUCCCCACGAGGGUGCAUUCUGUGAUCUAGUAUGGUCUGACCCCGAUGAUGUGGAAACGUGGGCUGUCAGUCCCCGAGGAGCGGGUGAGAAUUAUUCGGGUCUCUUUUUUUGGGACAUAGAGCUGACAAUCUUGCCAGGAUGGUUAUUUGGAGACAGAGUAGCGGAUGAGUUCUGCCAUGUCAACGAUCUUUCAUUGAUCGCACGGGCUCAUCAGCUGGUCAACGAAGGCUAUAAAUACCACUUUAACAACCAAAAUGUCGUCACCGUGUGGAGUGCGCCAAAUUAUUGCUACCGAUGCGGAAACCUGGCCUCGGUCUGUGAAAUCGGAGAAGAUCUCAAACCUACCUUCAAGUUGUUUAGUGCAGUCAGCGAUGACCAGCGGCAUGUCCCAACUUCACGGCCAGGGCGCAGCGAGUACUUUUUGUAA